AAGUUAUCGCUCGCCUCGCCGUUGCCCGAAAGCUGACGUCAGUGAUUUUAGUAUUUUACAUUCGCGAAUGGAAAUAGUUUUCUAAAAUUUAUACAAUUAAACAGUAUCUUCAAGGCGACGCGUUAAUAACCGAUACGUGAAAAAAUGGCAUCAGCGCCCGAAACAAAAUUGCCGGAAACCGACAGCUCAGACGCGGGUUCUAGUUUCUUUGAUGACUUUUGCAUUCCCGUAAAUUUGGUUAUAACUGUAAUUAUCAUAAUAUUGGUGUAUAAAAUAUAUGCGAAGUUUACAAAGGUUCCUGCUGAAAGCCCGGCGCUGGAGUUACCCAAAAUUCGUAAGGAUAUGACAGUUGCCGAACUUCGUCAAUAUGAUGGUAACCAGCCUGAUGGUAGGGUGCUGGUGGCAGUCAACGGGUGGAUAUUCGACGUGACGCGAGGACGCAGAUUCUACGGGCCCGGUGGACCCUACGCAGCUUUUGGAGGGAAGGAUGCAUCGAGAGGUCUAGCUACAUUCUCAGUGACAUCAUCAGACAAGGAAUAUGAUGACCUUAGUGACCUUAACUCAAUGGAAAUGGAAUCUGUCAAGGAGUGGGAGGCACAGUUCCGAGAGAAAUACGACCUGGUGGGGAGGUUAUUGAAGCCGGGUGAGGAACCUAUAAACUAUUCAGAUGAAGAACCUGAUGAGACUGACACCUCGACGCCUACACCUGUCGAAGAUAAGAAGGAUCAAUAGAAACUGGUACAAUAUACUCGAACUAAAUUGUUUGGAACUGCAGUCAAAUAUUGGUGAGGAUUACUGCAAGAUAUGUGUAUUUAAACAAGGAAUUAAAACUAGAACAUAGUUAAAAAUAUGUGAUUGUUCUAUAUAAUUGUUCUGAAUAUGAUUGUUCUGAAUUAUCGUAAUUGGCAUUGUAGUAAAACUUAUAUAAAAUACAAGUUAAGUGUUUGUAAACAUCACAUUAAACAAUACUCAUGUUAACAUCAAUUGUAUUAUAAGUAGAAUUUACUUAUAAUAUUGUUAACAAUAGUCAAAUAAGUCUUUAGUCAAAGUCAGUUCCGAUUUAUGCAUCAUAUUGAUGCUGCGUCCAAAAUGUAUACAAAAUAAUCCCGUGUCUAAACAUGCAUAUCCUUCAAUAAUCCUGUUGUAAAUUAUAAUGUAAUGUUGUAUAAAUUUUUAAUUUGCUUAAUAUUUGAAUGCUAACAAACAAUUUAGACAACAAUGAAGCUGCGAUUUUAGUUCUUUAAUGUAAAUUGAAGUGACCGCAUAUGUAAUAUUUAUUUAUGCUUAGUGAUGAUACACUGUGAUCGUAUUGACUCCGUAUUUAUUUACUUAAUUUUUCUCUUUUAUUGAAUGUAAAGAAUUAAAAAUCGUGGCUUCGAUCACAAAUCAAACGCUCCGAGGGGAAUGAGUACGUGAUUUUCCUGUAUAUAUAUGAAAUCUAUUGUAUCAUUUUCACUGUUUUAACUGUUGCUUAUUGCGGAUUUUUGAAUAUAUUAUUAUAUAUUUACAGUUUCACGAAUUGAAAGACUGAGUGAUGGCAUAUUAAUUUAAAUGAAUGAUGUAAAGAGAAUCUAAUCAUUUAUUGCACAUUCCCAACAUUAUUUGGACAUUAAAAUCGUUUUGUUUUGUGCCAACCGAUGUUGAAGUCUGCGCGAACGCGGAUAUGCCAUUAGUAUUUAAAUUAAUAUUAUUGUCGCGGCAAUAUUAUGUGCGGCGACAAUGAAUUUGUUUUACGAGUUGAUAAAAUUGUUGCAUGUCAAUCAUAAAUUUUACAACCAAGAGGUGCAAGUCAGUAUGAAGGCACCUUGCAAGCACUUCCACGCCAGAACUGCAACCAUCGUGGAACAUGAAAUUGGGAUGUAAAUAAAUCGACUUACAACAAAAAUUCUAAAUUUUAAUUAACGUUUUGUCCUAAUUUAUUCUCUUAUGAUUAUCUGUAUUGAUUGUGCAUUUAUAUUUCUUGUAAUGGGCGUGUUGUUGACUGUCCUACGACUAAUCAACGCCGGCGAGGCAAUGUUAAUUAUUUUAAAAUAUCUGUCAGAAAUACUGGCUUUGUUUUAAAUUAUUCUUAUUUUGUAAUGCAUUGGCCUGACUAGCGUUCAAUAGUUUUCGGAGAAUCACAAUAACUUUGGCUACAACGACGACUGCGAUCCUUACUGGACCCCACCUGAUAUUCGGUACUUAUUAGUGACACGUUAUAUGUGUAGCAAGCGAUGAAAAAAAUACAAAAAAUAAAUAAAGAAAUGUGCAUAAUACGUGUAAUUAAGGAUCUAAAUAAAUGGAAUACUUAUUUGUGGUGAAAUGACGUGUGCGUGUGGUUAUUAGUUCGUUCCUUUAGUGUCGACGGCGAUGCGAUAUUUUGGGCAACAUCAUUUCAUUUUUGAUCUAUCAUUUUCUAUUUUAAAUAUAUAAAUUUCUCUUCUAUUCAAGUACAAAUUAUAUUAUGAUUUGCCUCAAAUAUCCUUUUCGCUCAUAAAUUAUUUUUUGUUGUAAUCAUACUUGUUCAUUGUUUUUUAUUAGUUUGUUUUAGUUUUUUGUAAGAACAUUGGUGUAUGAACUAUAUUGGAAUGGGAUUAUGGUAAUUAUUGUUAUAGCUGUAUGUUUAAAAAUGCUUUGGAUUAUGUAAAUUAGUAAUUGGAUGUAAAGUGAGGCUUAUAUUGCUUUGCCAAAGAUAUUUAGAUACGUCAUUAACAAGCUUUCAUUAUUAACACGUUGGUAUAUUUUCUUUUGUAAUUAGCAAUUACACAAGAAUGAGGAUUUUGAUUUUGCAUUUCCGAGAUAGCGCUAGUGAAGAAUAAGGUCCUAUUAGUCCAAUCAGCUUAACUGUUAUAAGUUGACUUGUUGCAAAUAUUCUACUGGAUGAUCGAGCCAAAGUUUCACUAGCGCCCUCCAGGAGCGUGAAAAUUAUCUUUAAAAUUAAUGUAGUUUUAAAACACACAGCACGCGUCAGUAACGCUUAGAGCUGUGCUAAUCAUUGCGGAUUAACUUAAAAAUAACAUUGUCAAUUAUUCCAAAGCAUUUCUAAAAAACAUUCGUUUUAAAAUAUGCAGUAGUAUAAUGAAACUUUUGCUACUUAAAUCCGAACAAGCUUUAUCUGUUUUGUUAAGCCUUCAUUUGUAUUGGAAGCUUUAUGUACUGAGAAUGGAUAUGAGAUUGCAUUUAAAAUGUUAUGACUAUAUGGAGAAAUAUAUUUGUAUAAGGGACUGUUGGUAAAUCUUUUAAUAAAUGUAUAUUUUUGUAAAAAAAUUCGUCGGUAUAGACUUGUGAGAGAACUAAUUCAAUGAAUGAAAUAGCACCGAGCACACAAAAGUGCCAUCUAUAUUUAUUAAAGCAUUAUGUUGUACUGUAUUAAAAUAGUUAUUAUUUGGUUUAUGAACAGUCUCAUAGGGUUAGCGUCUAAAUUACGAACUGCCUUUAGGCCUAAUAAGACUUGGGACGUUGCUAUCAUCGUUUACACUGUAUUGCAUACUAUGAUCUCAUGAAGACCGCCUUCAAUUGCUCGACCCGUAGAAGUUGAUAGCAACGUUUCAAAUAAAUACGUCUGUAGGCCUUAAUAUAAGAAUUGUGAACAUGUCUAUAACAAAUGAAUUUGGGGAAUCCGUCGUUUUAAAUUUGAUCCCAAAUGUUUGUAUAAAUAUUAUAUAGAUAUCGGAACUAUAUUGCAAGAUGUAAAGGUAUAAAGUAUCGUUUCGUGUAUAGUUUUGAAAUGUUUGUGUCGGUGGAAGUUAUUCCUAUAUCGUGUACUGUAAAAUGUGGAGUUUAUUGGUAUAUAGCACCGCAAGAUGUUACUAAUUACUAAAAUACCUAAAAUGUUUAUUUUAACAUUGUCACAUGAAUUUAAUUAAAGCGUUUUACAUA